CCCGUUCCAGAAAUAACAUCAAUUCGAAAUGAGUCGGUUGCAGUUGGAAUGACGGCGUAUUUGCAUUGCCUGACACAAAAUACGAAUCCAACAAUUCAGUGGAUGCGUGGCAAUAGCGUGAUUCGCAAUACCGAUAGGACGCGAUUGUUCCAAAAUGGAACCCUAAUGAUACCGAAGGUAACUCUUCAAGAUGGUGGUGCGUAUAGAUGUCGCGUUCAAACAGCUGGUGGCACCACUGAAGCAACGCUUCAUCUGAAAAUACUUGAACUGCCCCGAGCAGCUGUGUAUCCUACAUCGCUGUUUUUUGUUCGAGGACAGUCCUUCAAUAUUUCAUGCCAUGUUACAGGUCAGACGGCUAUCCUCAGCUUAGGAAAUCUCAUCAAACCAGACCAUCGUAAAUACUACAUCACCUAUAAAUAUGAUUUGAUUGUGCAUCGUCCGUUCGAAUUGGAUGCUGGAGUGUAUGAAUGCCGUGCGCAUAAUCAAGCCGGCUAUCACGUUGACAGUGCUGUUGCUCAAAUGGCCAUAAAACCGAAAGUGAAGGUGACUCGAGACCGGCAGAUGAUCGGCCGAGGUGAUCGUGUUACGCUCGAAUGCCAGGCUAGUCUUUCAUGA